AUGAAAGCAUCGUUGAGUGUUGAAGACCAAGAACGAGUUGACAAACUGCGUCAACUUGUUCAGCAAAAUCUCACUGAUUAUUACGAUACAGAUUUCAAUUUAUUGCGAUGGUUACAAGGAUAUGAAGGAGCAACAUUGGAGGAGGUCGCUGCUAAGCUUAAUAAUCAUCUGAAAGCGAGGCGCUCUUUAUGGAACCUCGACGAAUUCUUGAAGCAACCCAGGAAUCAUCCGGUACACUAUCAUUGGAUGUACGGCAUUACGGGUCAGUCGGGUGUUGUCGACAAUGGAAUUGUCAAUUUUGAACCAGUGAGCGGUUCUUACUUUUCCUCAAACGGUCGUUCAUUUUUAUUUUGUUUUCGUUGA